AUGUAUAAACGUGAUAAUUAUGAAAACAAUAAGUUAUCAUCAUCAGUACCCUUAUCCUCAUCGGAACUUGAAAUUUUUCAACUUCUUCAAUCAAAUGAUAUUGAAAAAAUUUCUAAAUAUCCUUAUUUACUUCAUUCUUAUACUAAUAAAAUUUAUAAAUUCUUAAAAAUUUCCACAUUGGAAAAACUUCAAUCAUAUAUUAUUCCAUCUAUAAUUCGCUCAAUCACUGGUAAAAAUUUAACUAAUGUUUAUGGAAUUUGGUCAAUUGAUGAUGAACCAGAUGGAAAUAAAGAAUUCUUUGGAUAUUCAUUAUAUCCAUCAGCUUCAUUUUUUAAUCAUUCAUGCAAUCCAAACUUAAUUAAUAUUGAAAAGGGAGCAAACAUUAUUUUUAAACUUUUAAAAAAUAUUAAAAAAAAUGAAGAAUUAUGUAUAAAUUAUGCUAAUGCUAUUAAUGAUGAUUUAGAAAUAAGACAAAAACUUUUAAAAGAAUGGUUUUUCGAUUGUUUAUGUGAACGAUGUGUUGAAGAAAUGAAUUUAAAAAAUGCAAAAAAAUAA